GCUGCUGUCAGCUGAAACUUCCGCUGUGACCCUGCGGUGUUUCUCUUCCGCCGGUCCGAGUCAACAUGGGACGCGUCAGGACCAAGACAGUCAAGAAGGCCGCCAGGGUCAUCAUUGAGAAGUACUACACCCGACUGGGCAAUGACUUCCACACCAACAAGAGGGUGUGUGAGGAGAUCGCCAUCAUCCCCAGCAAGCCUCUACGCAACAAGAUCGCAGGGUACGUGACGCAUCUGAUGAAACGUAUCCAGCGAGGUCCAGUCAGAGGAAUCUCCAUCAAGCUGCAGGAGGAGGAGAGAGAAAGGAGAGACAACUACGUCCCAGAGGUCUGUUUCAUCUGUUUCAUCUGUUUAAUCUGUCUUGUGGAUCCAGACACAAAGGAAAUGCUCAAAAUGCUGGAUUUCGGCGGCCUUUCCAACCUCCAAGUCACACAGCCAGCCCUUGGGAUGAACUUCAAAACACCACGAGGACUGUAAAAUCACGUGUGAGCCCUCUGAAUAAAGACACGUAAUUAUUAACA